UUGUAAGCAAAGCAAACUUAAUUUUGAAAAUCGCCAUAUCGAUGACUCUCAAGAAGUAACGAGUUAGAAAAAAUCACUCAGCUCUAUCAGAGAACAGCUUUUUAGUCACAGUUUGAUGCUAUGGAUGCACAUACACCUGGGUACUAUUAUCCACCAAAACUGCGUAUAGGUCAACAAGAUCUAAAAUGUCGUCAAGGUUGCGGUUUCUAUGGCAACACACAGUUCGACGGUCUUUGCUCCAAGUGUUUCCGCGAGCGCAAUGAUAAGCAGCGAAAGAAGCUUAAGGCCUGCGAGGAUGAAGCCGCGCAAAGUAGUGGCGCCAGUGCGGCUAUUGGAACUGUAGAACGAAAAUCACCACAGCAUUUACUGUCGCUAGGCCGCUCCAAGUCAAAAAAGGAAACCGAGGAAGCAAGAAACGCGCAUACAAUGCCAAAAAAGAAGUUCACAGUGCCAGCAGUGCUGCAGAAAACCCUGAAGAGCAAGUUGCCUGCGGUGGCACAGCAGCAGCCCGCUCGCGUGCCCAGCGCCACAGAGAAUCAGUUUGUGCUGCAAUUGCGCCAGCUACGCAUACCAGACGAGGCAAAGCGUAAGCUUAAAAGCGAAAUACAGCAUCUGGACUAUGAGAUAUGCAAGUACAUCAAUUCACAUAGCAAUCUCAACAUCGAUGAGCUGUCCGAAUUGGUGCAAAACGCAUACACAAGAUUUGCAGACAUUGUACACAACGAUGCGCGUUUUGAGAUAGCAACCAACGAGGAUCGCGAUAGUGCAAUUGACUUUUUUGAAAAAGUCGUCAUGACACAGAAUCAUAAUCCGUACUUCACUACAGAUGAAGAAUGCGAUGUGCAGGUGCAAAAACGAAUACGUCAAUUGAGUUGGAUUACGGCCAAGCAUCUGGACUGCAGCAUAGAUGAGGUGAAUGCCGAAGCACGUGAUUUAGUUUACAAUGCCAUCUCUGAGCUUGUAGGCAUUGACUCCUAUUAUUCGCCUCAAGAAAAGCUGCUCUGCACCGUUCGAUGUUGUCGCCAUAUUUUCGAGUUGCUCAAACGCGCAACGGGCGGUCCAGCAAGUGCGGAUGACUUUCUACCAGCGUUAAUAUUUGUAGUACUCAAAGCAAAUCCUGUGCGCCUGCAUAGCAACAUAAACUUCGUCAAUCGCUUCACCAAUGCGUCACGUGUGAUGAGCGGUGAGGGCGGUUAUUACUUCACCAAUCUUUGCUCGGCCAUUACUUUUAUUGAGACUCUGAAUGCUGAGAGUCUGAGUCUGGGUGCAGAGGAGUUUGCGACACUCAUGUCUGGCGAGCAGGCUUACAGCACGCCUUGGGAGAGUGCGCUGCUUGCCUGCGAGAGCCUGCACCUGAUAUCGGAGAACAUGAAGUGCAUGGAACAGCUUCAGAAGCGCAAUUCUACCAUUAGUACAGGCAUACAGGACUUUGAACGAGAGCUGAUAGAAUUCCAGCGCGAGGUAACUGAGAAAGUAGAUGCAGCCAUUGCCAAAGCACCGCUCAACCUGCUGCCCAUUAAGACGCCAGUACAUCUCAUUAGCCAGGCGCGUGCACACCUCACGCUGGAAGUGGCUACAGGACACUAUCAAACAAAUCUACUUCAAAGCUCGCUCUCCACCGCAGGCAAGGCGAAAGCACUUUCAACGCCAGACGAUUCACUGCUACAUCCAUCUCACACGCUAGCGCUGAAGGAUACCAGCAUUAACUCCAUGGGGCGACUGUCGCCGCUACAACAAACUGCACAGCAGGAUCAGCUUUUUGCAUCGCCCAUUUUUAAUUACACACCCUUCGAUGCAGUUUCUCUGUUAGAGGAUUCUUCUGAGAAUGGCGAUAUGCCCUUGCUAAGUACCGAGUUCCAAGGCGGGCUUACCAAUAUCAACUACGACUUUGACUUGUCGGACCAGAGCGGGGAAAACAGCGCUGCGGAUGAGUCCAAGCUUAAUCUCGAUGAAUUUGAUCCGCUCGCACAACCCAAUUUAGUCGAGGCAAACAACUUGGAGCUGGGGACAACAAGAGGCAGCUUGAUAGAUAGUGAAGUACCUGUUAGCAACGUGCUAUUGCCAUCGCCAUUAAAGCCGGAGGUAACCAACUAUCGUGGCUUCUCUAACUUUAAUAUUCCAAGUAUAUCCUGCAAUACCGGCGACUCAAGCUCUCUUAGCCAAGACACAAACGAAGCGAAGGCAGGAGUUGAUAGUCUCAAAUAAUUGUAAAUAGUGCUCGAUGUUUACUUAUUUAAUUAAAUAUACAAAUUUAUAGCAUUCAAUCCAAUAUCGGCCGCAUUUAAAUGUUCCCGCUGACCGAACAAGUGAGACGAGCUCAAACAUAUGCUUCAAACAAUUUAGACGAACUCCAACAUGAACGAACUCAAACAUCGUUUCUUUCGCUCGCACAUGUGUAUUUAUGUUGCUGC